GUGCUGCUGCUUGCUUAUGCAUGACUAACGCCCUCUUCUUCUCCCAUCUUCCUCUUCGUCCUCACUGCCCGAAAAUGAUGGCCCUCACAGUCGGCGUCUUGGCUCUCCAGGGCGGCUUCGUCGAGCACCUCAACCUCCUCCGCAAGGCUGCCAGCGCCGUCUUCUCACAAAGCAAAUCCGACACUUCCUUUGAGGCCAUUGAGGUGCGCACCGCCGAAGAGCUCGCGCGGUGCGAUGCCUUGAUCAUCCCCGGCGGCGAGAGCACGACCAUUUCUUUUGUUGCGCAGCAGUCGGGGCUGUUGGAGCCGCUGCGAGAUUUCGUAAAAGUCCAAAAGAAGCCCGUCUGGGGAACCUGCGCCGGCCUCAUCCUCCUCUCAAACCAAGCCAACGCAACCAAAAAGGGUGGCCAGGAACUCAUUGGCGGCCUCAAUGUCCGCGUACACCGCAACCACUUUGGCCGCCAGAUUGAGAGCUUCGAGGCACCGCUUCAGCUGCCCUUCCUCGCUGACGAGGCAGACCCUUCACCGUUUCCGGGUGUCUUUAUCCGUGCCCCCGUUGUAGAGGAGAUUCUCUCCAAGGGCGAGAGCGAGCAAGGGCCCAAAGUGGAAGUCAUGGCCAAGCUACCUGGAAGAAUCAACAGGAUGAAGUCUGGAGUUUCGCAGGCUGUGACAAAGGAUGAUUCGGGGGAUAUCAUUGCGGUUCGGCAAGGGUCGAUUCUGGGGACGAGCUUUCACCCGGAAUUGACGGAUGAUGCUCGUAUUCAUGCAUGGUGGUUGAAGCAAGUUUUGCGUGUUUAAAUGGGUUAAAUAAUUGAUGGCGCUGCAUUUUUUAUACUGGUUUUGUUCUCAAUUUAUUGGCUUUCUUAGAAGCAGAUACACUAUGUUUUUGUAUAUAGAUGCAUGAAGUACCUUUGAUAGAUUACGCCUUCAUGGAUAUAAAGAAACAAGAAAUACAACGACACGCUACAUGGUUCGAAAUGCUACGGUUCUUCCUCCAAUUUGCUUUCAAUUAAUUUUUCGUUGCCAUGUUAUAAGUUGGAGGACUUCCAUCUGCUGGAGGUGGCAUAUGACGAAUACCAAGCGCUUCAUAAACCUCAGUCUUGCCCAAUGCCCUUGCCACGUCCCUCACCUCUGGCACGCUCGUGUCCGCGCCAGCCUCUCGAAGCAGGCGAAUCAUCUCAAAGUCUUGUUUCACGAGCGCUUGGACAAGCGGCUUAACGGGCUUGAUGCCAUUCUUUGCAGGAGUGUAAUCUGGAUCGGCCCCGUAGAGGAGCAGCGUCUCCACGAGGUCUCUUCUACCUUGGUCGAUGGCGUAUUUCAGGAGCGAGUCGCCGUUUGACAUUUGAUCCGUCGUCUUGGCGCCGUGUCGCAACAAGAGGGAGACGAGCUCGGGGAGGCCUGAUUCCAUGGCGAAGCGGAUCGCGGGUGCUUCGGUGGAAGAAUCGUAAACGUUUGCUUUUGCGCCCUUGGCAAGGAGGUGGCGCACAAUGUCGAUCUUGUCUUCUUGUGACAUUUUGGAGUCUCUGAUGGCUAUGAGGAGGACCGGCUGCGAGUACCAGUUCGUAGUGUUGGGAUCUGCGCCCCAGUCAAGCAGCAUCUUGGCCGUCUUGAUUCUUCGGUUGCUUAUCUCGUCGGCCAGCAAAGGGUUACCAUAGAUGGUUGAGUCGUUGGACUUGGCAUCCAUUUUCAGGAGCAGCUCU